GGAAAACGGGUUUGGUUUUGACCUUUUAUGGAUUGUUGAGUACGACUUUUCAUUUAAUUUUCUUCGGUGUCUGCUACGUGAGAACAAUGAAGCUCAAACAAAGUAUUAUUGGAUACUUUUUGGCAUCAGAUAUUACAACUGUUGGGGAUAGUUUUCAAUUUGUAAUGAGUCUAGCAUCGAUAUUUGCCGUGUACUUAUGUUGCCUUAUUAAGAGGAAUAGACUAGUGGAGCUUUUUGCAAACAUUACGGAUAUUGAUGAGAAUUCCCUCAAGUUAGGAGUAUUUUUUGGACACUACCGGCGAACAAUGAUGCUAAUUUGGACAAAUAUGGCAGUAAUGUUUAUUAUUUUAAGUAUUCACGUCACUGGAAGCUACAUGCUACUGCACAGAGCAUCAAUUUAUCCCGAAAUGUCCGUCUUUGUGGCCUUUUUCUUCCCAUUCUACCUAAUGUGCUUAUCAAUUAUUUUUCAUGGAUGCCUCAUGAGGCAAAUUAGAGCUAGAUUUGCUUUACUCAAUGGGACUUUGAAGGAACUACGCGAAGAGGAAGGAUCAAAGGAUAUUUCUAGAAUUCAUCCCCUAAAUUCUGCCUUCAAAACCGUAAACGCCAUUAAUCGAAAUGAUGGGCAUUCUUUGGAUUUCAAAUUGAGCCUGAUCAUAGAAAAUCAUAACAGUCUUUUUGAAUGUUGCACAGCCAUUCAGGACUACUUUUCAAUUCAAAUGCUUAGUUCUAUUACCAUUGCUUUCCUAUCUAUCGUUCUUAAUGCAUUCUACAUAAUCGCAAUGGCUCUCGGAAGUAGUCAAAUUAAAAUAUCUGUCGGAAGUGUUGAGUUCAUGUUGUUCUUCACGUAUUACUUGGCAAUGUGCUUACUUGGAGUCGUUCAUAUUGGCCGAGGAACUUCUUCUGUCAUUGAUGAAGUAACAAAGAUUCCUGUUAAUGUAUUUAAACUACUUUACGUGGUCAAAGAUGAAGAGUGCAGAGAAAAGUUAAAAAUAUUUUCAAACAAUCUUCUACACACCAAAGUUAAAUUCACAGCUUCAGAUCUUUUUAGUUUGGAUAAGACAAUCAUUCUUACGGUAAUAGGAACAGCUGCAACAUACCUACUCAUUUUAAUCCAGUUAGCCAUUCCUGAGGAAGCAAAUCACGCUGAGGACCAAACUGAUAAUCUAGCCGAACUCUAAUCUUACAA